UCCUCUGCUACCAUCACCACCACCAAAACCACCAAAACCACAACUGCCACCACCACGCACCCCGCAAGCUCUCUAAGCCGCGGGAAGAAGAUUAGGCAGCAGAGCGGCUAAAUCCACUCCCGUUAAUUAGGCUUCGCCUCCCAUAAUCUGCGUCCCUGGACACUGUCCCGUGACAAAUGAACGAGUCGCCGCUCCUGCGCUAAGGGCGCACCCUCACCCCCCCAAAACGCCUGCCUCGAAACGUCGCGUGUCGAGGCCGCCGGCGUUAUUCGUGGGAGUAAAUGCGUUGACGCGCGCGAAGGAUGCGACUCGCGAUUUCGCGAGUCCUCUGGGAUCGUCAGCAUGCCUCCGUCUCACGACUGCCUCCCGCUAUUUUUCGCCAUCUGCGCGCUGCUGUUCGCGCCUGCGACGCAAGCGAACUUCGCUCCGUUCUUCCACGAGGGAGGGAACAUGGCUUUCACGAGCAUCUCGGAAGACACCGUCGUGGGUACCCAGGUGUUCACGCUCAAUGGCAGCGACCCAGAGGGAGCGCGGGUGACGUACGGCAUGGAGGCGCCCCCGGGGCAGAAGGCGGUCUUCGCGGUGGAGCCGCGAUCGGGCAACGUGACCUUGGUGGUACCGCUGGACCGUGAGAGAGUGGACGAGCUGGACGUGAUGGUGAGCAUCUCUGACGGACUGAACACGGUCGUGGAGAAGGCUCGCGUGUUCGUGACGGACGUCAAUGAUGAGCCACCUGUGUUUGAUGGGAUGCCCUACGUAGUCACUGUGCCUGAGGACUGUCCGAGCGGGGCGAGCCUGCUGCGAGUCACGGCCACCGACAGAGACGCCGGCUCUGGGGGCAGCAUCCUGUACCACCUGCAGGGCGCGCGGGGGCUGUUCGCGGUGGACCGGCACAGCGGCGUCCUGCGCCUGAAGCCGAACGCGUCGCUCGACUACGAGAGGGAGCGCGCCCACGCCCUCACCAUCGUGGCGCAGGACGGCGGCGGGCAGCUGCGCGAGGCGUUCGCGGUGUUCUCGGCGUCGGCGCUCGUCACGGUGGGCGUGAGCGACGUGCAGGACACGCCGCCCGCCUUCGUCGGUGUGCCCUACCACGCCGUGGUGUACGAGGACACCCCCUCCGGAGCGGACAUCUUCACGGUGGUGGCGUACGACGGGGACCAGGCGAUCCCCAACCCCAUACGCUACUCCAUCGUCAACGGUAGCAAUGGAAUGUUCCUGAUCAACGAAACUACCGGAGCCAUCACCGUACCUGACGUGACGAGAUUAAACGAAGACUCGUAUCAGCUCUUCGUUCAGGCGGACGAGGUCGGGGCGUCGCCGCUGGGCCGCUCCAGCGCGCUAGCCGGCGUCGCGGUGACCGUGGUGGACGUGAACGACCACAGCCCCGUGUUCAGCGGCCCCGCGGGCCCGCAGCGCGCGUUCCGCACGAGCAUCCGAGAGAACCCGCCGCUCGGAGAGGUCAUCCGCGGACUCAACAUCACCGUGUCCGACGGGGACAAGGGCGCCAACGCCAAGUUCCGUCUGCGCGUGCUGGGCGCCGGCGCCGCCCUCCGCGUCGUUCCGGGCACCGUCCUCAACGAGGCCCCUGUGGCGCUCGUGGUCACCAACUCGGCGGCAUUCGACUACGAGCGGACGCGCAGCAUCCGCUGCCAGAUCGUGGCGGAGGAGAUGGAGACGGUGGAGCGCCGCUCCUCGGCUGUGGAGAUAAACAUCGACCUUCUGGACAUCAACGACAACGUCCCGAGCUUCUCGCAGGACCACUACGUGGCCAAGAUCCGGGAGAACUCGCCCGGAGGGUCCAUCGUCACCACAGUGCAGGCUGUGGACCCAGACUCUGGCAAGUUCGGCAAGAUACGAUACACGCUGGUGGGCGAGGAGGCCGACAUGUUCCUGAUCCACCCGAGCAAGGGCGUGCUCUACACGCAGCCGUGGGCCGAGUUGGACGCGGAGACGCGGACGCGCCACCACCUGGCGGUGCGCGCCGAGGAUGGCGGCGGCCUGUUCGGCAUCGCCGAGGUCCUCGUGGCGGUCACCGACGUCAACGAGCACCCGCCGGCGUUCAGCGACAGCGUGCUGCAGGAAGUGAUGGUCAUCGGCAAGGCGCUGCACAUCCUGGCGACGGACGGCGACGCGGAGGCGCCCAACAACGUGGUGCACUACUCGCUGGAGCGCGCCGAGCCGCUCGACGUCUUCGAGCUGGACACGGCGUCCGGCGAGCUGCGCCUGCGGCCGUCCAUCCGCUCGCUGGCCGCGCUGCGCAACCUCACGCACCGGCGCGACUGCCGCUGGUCGCUGCUGGUGCAGGCGAAGGACGGCGGCACGCCGGCCUUCAGCAGCACCGCCGUGCUGCGCCUCGACAUCACCGAGGAGAUCAAGGAGCGGGUGCUCACGUACGUGCUGGGCCUAAAGCACCGGCCCUGGGCUCUCGUCGCCAUCUGCAUGGGCAGCGCCGCCUCGCUGGUGGCCCUGACGGCGCUCGUCUCCGGCGCCACGUACUGGCGCAGCGUCAAGCGCUCGCGCGUUCACCCGGCGGGGCGCAAGCGGGUGGUCGUCGUCAGGAGGAGGAGGAUGAGCGGGCGGACGACCUCACGAGACGGCGCGCAGACACCGCCGCCGGGGCCACUCGCGCCGCCGCCGCUGUCGCCGCCGUAGGAGUCGCGACCGCCUCGCGUCCAACAGUUGGACGCGACCCUCCUCCGUACCUCCCUCCAGCCAGCAAACCUUUUUUUUCCUCUUCGUCUUCUUCUUCUAACACAGGAUGAAAUCUGCCCCGUUUGUCGCGACGCACUGCGUCUCGUCGAGGUUGUGCCGAUUCGCUUCGGUUGGAGUGAAAAUGUGGUCCUUGCACGCUGCACGCGCCUGAUGAUUGCUCGGCGUCCCACGUGACGCGGGAGAGUGCUGAUGCGAUUCGUGGUAGAGGAUCUUGUGUGUGUGCGCGUGUUCCACGCGAUGUACGGAGCUCGUAUUCAAAGUGCGAGGCAUUGUGUGUAUUGAUGUGUGUGUUCACGUCACAGAGCACUAACGCAAAUUAACAUAACAGGUGACGUUUCGGGCAAUGGCCCUUCUUCACAGCGCACGGAGAGGCCAGAGAGACAGAGUAACUCUGCCUCUCUUUAAGGCCGUGUUAUUGACGAAUGUGUUGAGUUUUGCAGUCGUUAAUUUUGUAGGUGCUUCUGUGGCAAUGCAGAAGCAUUACCACAUGAUUUGUUUCAAAUAAAGAUAGAGAUCGUGGAUGUGUGUGUGUGGGGAGCGGUCGUGUAGCGGUUAGCGCGCUGCGCUACGAACCCGGCGAC